GUUGAAUGUUAAUUUAAUGAACUGUGCUAUGAAUGUGUACUCGCUAAACAUUAUGAUCAUUUAAAUGAUUGCUUAAGCAUUGAUGAAAUUUAAAAAGUGAUGAAUUAUUUUAAAAUUCGCUUCAAUACUACUAAUGGAAUUGAAACUAAUUAAUUGUACUUUGUCAAUUUAUCAAUAAUUUAGGUAAUAUGAUCCCAAUUCAGUAAUAAUCUUAGAAAUUGAAAAAAAAAUAUUUAAUAAAUCUCCAUUAGAAAUUUCUCAAUAUAUUGGUUAUAUCAGAUAAUACAGAAAGAUAUAUGAGGAGGAAGGCCAAUAGAUACAAAAUAUCAAUACAGAAAUAUAUGAUUUUAACAAGAAGACAAAAAUAAAAUAAAUUGAAUUAGAAAUUAAUGAUAAAAGUAAUUGAAUUCUCAAUUGAUUUAGAUUAACAUGAGAUCAUAAUAACAAAUGAUCUAAAGCAUACAGCGAUCAAAAAGAUUGCGCUUGAUUCUGUAGAUGAUAGUUCAGAAAAAUAAUCUAAUUUUGAUAAUUUGAAUAAGAGUAAUAUUUCUCAUAACCAAUUUGGGUAAUCAAAAGUGAAAGAAGAUCUUUAAGUAAGAGACAAAUCAUAUUAAGAGUAUUUUAAUAAAGGUAUCAAAACGUAUAAAUUAGGUUUACAAUUAGCACGACUUCAUAAUUAUAAGGAAGCUAUUGAAAUGUAUGAUGAAGUAAUUAAAAUAAAUUCUAAUUAUUUUCCUGCUUUAAAUAAUAAAGGUAUUUUAUUAAGAAUCAUUUAGGAUUAUUACUAUUAAGAUUAAAUUAAUAUCAAGAAGCAGUACGAUAUUUUGAAUAAACUAUACUCUUAUAGCCAAAUAAUGACCAAGUAUAUAAUAAUAUAGGUAUAAAAAUUGAAAAAUUAUUUAGGAAUUACAUUAAACAAACAACAUAAAUAUGAAGAAGCAUUAAACAGUUUUAAUAAAGCUAUUUAGCUUAAUCCCUCUAAUUGGAAAGCUUUUCUUAAUAAAGGUAUUUCAGAUUAUGAUUAUUUGGUUGCACUUUGGAAAAUUUAGGUCUAUAUGAUCAAUCUCUGGAAUGUUAUGAUAAAGCCCUCGAAUUGAA